AUGGCUCGCACCAAGCGAAUCGCCCGCAAGAGUACCGGAGGUAAGCCUCCUCGAAAGCAACUCGCUGCAAAGUCGCGCGAAAAGGUUCCAGCACACGCACAUCCAGCGACCGGUGGUGUCAAGAAGCUCUAUCGUUUCCGUCCUGGUACUGUUGCCCUUCGUCAAAUUCGUCCAUACCAAAAGUCAAUUGGCAAGCAACGCCUCGUCCGUCAGGUUAAGACGGUCACCGACCCCCGGUUCCAAUCUAACUCGGCUGCUAUUCAUACCAAGCGUGUGAUAGACCUUGCUCUUGCACGGCGACUGCGUGGCGAAUAUUCGUAG